AUGCUGCGGCACGAGGCUCCGCCGACUCCGGCCAGCACCAGGUCGAGGUCGCGCUUCUCGAAGGCCCUGCCUGCGCCUCCGCCUCCUCCGCCUUUAGAUGUCACCCGCCUCGGCUCUCUACGCACCUCUCGUCCGGCCGUCAAGGAGCUACCUUCCAUCCCCCCUCUUUCGCCCAUUUCGCCCCUGUCGUGCGUGUCGUCCCUCACGGCUCCCGCCUCUCUGGCUAGGAAACCGGUCAGGAAACCGGUCGCGACGGGCCAGUCGACAACCUCCCAUUUAAACCCCUCGCCAGCUCUACUCGGCGCGCAUCCGCACCCGCCAGCCCAACCGCAGCCACAGUCGCCUCUGCCGCCGCCACCUCCUCCCAUGUCCAUACCGAGGCGGCCAGUCCUACCUCCGAAGCAGAAUCCACCGUCUCAACGGGAGCCACAACCGCCACAAGGUUCUCUACCGCCGCAGGUGGUGGCAGGGAAGAAGGGACCCUGGAUGUCGAAUGAAGAAACCCAAUUGUCGCCGACGGACUCUAUUGGUAGUUUGCUGUCGGCUUAUUCGAGAACCUCUGACGCCGAGUCGUUGAUCAGGUCAUAUGGGGAUAGUAGUCAAAGGGACUCGGCGGCAACCGACUCGGCGGAACACGAAGUCUCUCCAGAGCCGCACGAGGGAGCCUCGAACACCAGGAAAGGAUCGAUGGCGACAGUGGCGUACCCACGCGAGGACAAGUAUAAUAUGCGGCUAAACGAGGGCUCGGCGGAAAAACAGCAGCAGGCGGCGCAACAGGUGCGGGAUGUCUCACCAACCAUCACAGCCGUCGAGCGUGUUUCCGAAAAGAGUCUACCCCUCCCUCCCCUGGCCACCUUGCAGGAGGAGAAGGGACCGCCCACACCGAGGAAGGAUGACCGUGAGAUCCUUGCGUCCGCCAACACAUCGUCUGCUACCGGGCUGGGGCUGUCUGGAAUUGUGAGGUCCUCCCCUCAGCGUCCCGAGCUAUGGCGCCGCCGCUCCGUGAAAUCCGAUCGCAGUAUCCAGCUCCCGGAUCUCAAGCUGGCCUUUAGUCACGGGUAUACUGCGGCCUCACAGCCUCCUACUCGAACAGCAGUAAACCCAUCCUCGAUAUCAAGCGCCGCAGUGCAGCCAUCGCAACCAUCACAACCAUCACAGCCAUCGCAACCAUCACAACCAUCGCAACCAUCACAACGCCAAGAUUUAUCAACUGCUCAUGGGCCCUCGACUGAGCCCAGUCAACCUGGCCUAGAAUGCCCCUCCGGCAAAGGGCUCCCUCCUCCCCCAGGCGACCAAACUGUCAACCAGGGACCGGGUGGUGAUAUUAUGGGCAGCGGAUGUUCCCAGCUCAGGCUCAGGUCCAUCCAAUCCCAUAAAAAUGUUCGGGACGGAGCACACGAGGCCCCGGAAGCGCAUGCGACACAGCAAGGAGAUGCGUCUUUGCAAAGCGAGACCAGAACCCAGUCUGACCGGCCACCCCGGCUUCCUAUACCGGAUUUCCAGAAGAAAGACAUUCAAGGUUCCGAGGCUGGCCAAGCCGCACCUAUUACGGCCGCCACCAUCCCUCCCACUGCCUCACUCGAUUCUCCGCCCAAGGAUGUGGAUAGAGAGGAGCGACCCGCCAUCUCACGCAAGGCAGCAAGCCGAGAGCCUAGCCUUCGGGCGGCGCAGAGUCUACCACAAAUGGGUGGUGCGAGGGAAUCGGUAACGACUAACAAAGUGCCUCCGGUCCUUGAUCCAACUGUGCGGGCUCGCGAUUUCGCCCUCAGCCCUGCCACUCCCCACCCACCUCGGAGUUCUUCAAACCAGCCCAAUCCGCGCCGCCCAUCGGCAGGAUGGGAGCACCGUCCCGGACCGGGUUGGCGACCGGCCAGCCGCUCCGGCCAUGUGCCGGGUCCGGCGACACGACCUGCCAGCAAGAUUUUGUACCGCGAGCUGCGCGUAGAGAACCUGCCACCUCCUGACCCAAGCGCGUUGCGGUUCCCCAAAACCGCCGUUCGCACGCCGGCCUCCCCCGGUACCAUCUUCAAGCCGCUGCCGUUGAAGCAGCACAUGCUCCGCUGCCACACGACGCACCGGGAGAUGCGCGCCAGCCCGCAGGGCAACUACCCGGUUGCGUGUCAGGCUUGCGGGAAAGAAGACCGGGGAGAGCGCUGGGCGUGCACUGCGUGCCACCUUAAGGCAGACCCCGCCACUGCUCCUCUCCCAGGCCAGCAGGAUACGGUGUCGGGUUGA